CUCUCUCUCUCUCUCUCUCUCUCUGUAUUCCUCUGUUUCUCUCUCCUCGUAUAAGGGACUCUCGACUCCACUUGGGUUCUUCUACGUGGCCGCCUCUUCGCUCUGCGUGUGCUCGUGGGUGGCAUGGACGCUGGGCGGGCUGGGUUCUCCGAUUCCAACGACGUCAGCUACAGCAGCUGCAUAUGCUCCACGCCGGCUCGCACGGAAACUCCCUCCUCCUCCUCCCUCCCCCACGCGGCGCCGCCGGAGACGCAAGCCCUGAGAAAGCUCUCCGACAGCCUCGAGUCGAUCUUCGAGCUUCCGCGGGCCGGCUCCGGCUCCUCCUUCUCCGACGCCAGGAUCGUCGCCGCGGACGGCCACGAGGUCUCCGUCCACCGGUGCGUCCUCGCCGCGCGGAGCCCGUUCUUCGCGGCUGCGUUCUCCGGGAGUGAGAGCGGAGUGAGGCUCGAAUUGAAGGAACUGGCCCCGGAUUUCGGGGUCGGGAACGAAGCGCUGGUAGUUGUCUUGGGGUACCUGUACAGCGGGAAGGUGAAGGCGCUUCCGAAAGCGGUUUGCGACUGCGUGGACGACGAAUGUUCGCACGUGGCUUGUAGGCCAGCGUUGGAGUUUCUGGUGCAGGUGCUUUAUGCUUCGUUCAGGUUUCAGAUUCCUGAAUUGGUCGCUCUGUAUCAGAGGCGCCUACUUGACAUUCUCGACAAGGUUUCCCCAGAUGACAUUUUGUUUGUGCUUACGGCUGCAAACGUAUGUGGUGAUGAGUAUCGUGGAUUGCUGGCACAUUGUGUGGAAUAUGUCGCGAGAUCUGAUCUCGAUACUGUAACCCUAGAGAAAGGCUUGUCUCCCGCUAUCAUUCAACAAAUCAUUAAUUCCCGUUUGGAACUUGGCCUGAACAUUCCUGAAUGCAUAAACCUCCCUGACAAGCAUGUGAAGAGAAUUCAUCGGGCCUUGGACUCUGAUGAUGUUGACUUAGUCAGAUUGCUGCUGAAGGAGGGCCAUACCACUCUGGAUGAUGCUCAUGCACUUCACUAUGCUGUAGCAUACUGUGAUGCGAAGACCACGACUGAGCUUCUUGAUCUUGGAAUUGCCGAUGUGAAUCGUAGAAAUGCAAGAGGCUUUACAGUUUUGCAUGUCGCUGCUGUGAGGAAAGAGCCAAAGGUUAUAGUGUCUCUACUGACGAAGGGAGCACAGCCUUCUGAUCUCACUCCGGAUGGUAGAAAAGCUCUUCAACUAUGUAAGAGGUGCACAAAAGCUGCAGACUACAUGGAGUCUACCGAGCAAGGAAAGCCUUCACCUAAGGAUAAAUUAUGUGUUGAGAUAUUGGAACAAGCUGAACGAAGAGAACCUUCACUUGGAGAAGCAUCCUUUUCUCUUGCGAUGGCAGGUGAUGAUCUGCGAAUGAGAUUGUUGUAUCUGGAAAACAGAGUUGCACUAGCAAGAUUCCUGUUUCCUACUGAAGCACAAGUUGCGAUGGAUAUUGCUCAAGUGGGCAGCACUUGUGAGGUCCCAUUAGGUAGCAGGAAUUGUAAGGACUUGGCUGGCUCGCCAGGGACGCAUGUGGACUUAAACGAGGCACCUUUUGUUAUUCAUGAGCAGCAUCUCAAAAGGAUGAGAGCCCUCUCCCGAACUGUGGAACUCGGCAAGCACUUCUUCCCUAGAUGCUCAAGUGUACUUGAUAAGAUCAUGGAUGCUGAUGACUGUACUCAGCUAGCAUUCCUUGACAAUGGCACUCCGGAAGAACAACUUCUAAAGAGGAGAAGGUUCACGGAAAUUCAAGAAGCUAUUAGCAAGGCUUUCAACGAGGAUAAGGAGGAGUUCGAGAAAUCACACGUUUCUUCCUUUUCGUCAUCUUCAUCUUCAGGAGCAAUGAGGCCUAAGAGAAAGCUCCGCAUCAACUAAUGAUCAGUGUAAGAUUUCAGAAACGUAUGUACUGUUGUAUCAUAACCGUCUUUGUUUCUCUUGGUUUGCAUCUACUGUUUUGAUUGGGCAUUCAGAAAGAUAGGAGCCUGUUAAGCUCAAUCGGCCAUUUCUCUCAACAUUUCUGUAAACCAGUGCUGGUCUUUCAAUCCUUUUUGUCAUGUUAAACAGGAAACUUUGCGAGUAAAUAGUCAAGUGCAUAUGGAAUC